AUGGAUUUCAGGACUGCAUGUGAAGAGACAAAGACAGGGAUUUGUUUGCUGCAGGAUGGUAACCAGGAACCUUUCAAAGUGCGGCUGCACUUAGCUAAAGAUAUUUUGACAAUUCAAGAACAAGACGUGAUCUGUGUGUCUGGUGAGCCUUUCUAUUCCGGUGAAAGAACUGUAACAAUCAGAAGACAAACGGUAGGAGGAUUUGGAUUAAGUAUAAAGGGAGGAGCAGAACAUAACAUUCCAGUGGUGGUCUCCAAAAUUUCAAAAGAACAGAGAGCGGAACUCUCAGGCUUGCUGUUCAUAGGAGAUGCAAUUCUGCAGAUUAAUGGAAUUAACGUAAGAAAAUGCAGGCAUGAAGAAGUGGUCCAAGUUCUUCGGAAUGCUGGAGAAGAGGUGACCUUAACUGUGUCCUUUCUCAAAAGAGCUCCUGCUUUUCUAAAAUUGCCCCUCAAUGAGGAUUGUGCAUGUAUUCCUAGUGAUCAAAGUAGUGGUACGUCAUCACCUUUGUGUGACAGUGGGUUACAUCUUAACUACCAUCCCAACAAUACGGAUACACUUUCAUGUUCAUCAUGGCCUACAUCUCCAGGGCUUAGAUGGGAGAAAAGGUGGUGUGAUCUCCGAUUAAUACCUCUCCUUCACUCCCGAUUCUCCCAGUAUCUCCCAGGGUCAGAUAUGUGUAGGCAAAAUGCAUUCCAAGUAAUAGCAGUGGAUGGCGUUUGCAGUGGCAUAAUUCAGUGUCUUUCUACUGAAGAUUGUAUUGACUGGCUACAAGCAAUAGCAACGAAUAUUUCCAGCCUCACAAAGCACAAUAUUAAAAAAAUCAACAGGAAUUUUCCUGUAAACCAGCAGAUAGUCUACAUGGGCUGGACAGAAGAACGGGAACAAGACUCUCUUCAGGACCGAAUGUAUACACCAAAGUUUCUAGCACUGAGGGGUUCUUCACUUUAUAAAUUUAUAGCACCUCCAGUUACUACGUGGGACUGGACACGAGCUGAAAGAACAUUUUCUGUAUAUGAGAUUAUGUACAAAAUAUUCAAGGACAGUGAUCUGCUGGACCGACGGAAACACUGCUUUGGUGUCCAAUCUGAAAAUGGAGAGGAUCUCUACUUUUCCGUAGAAUUAGAAUGUGAUCUCACAUUAUGGGAAAAGGCCUUCCAAUCAGCAACUUUUUUAGAAGUUGAACGAAUACAGUGCAAAACAUAUGCCUGUGUGCUGGAGAGUCAUCUUAUGGGGCUUACUAUUGACUUUGGUACGGGCUUUGUAUGCUUCGAUGCUGCAACAAAGGCUGUAUUAUGGAGAUACAAGUUUUCCCAGCUUAAAGGUUCUUCUGAUGAUGGCAAGAGCAAGAUCAAAUUUUUGUUCCAAAAUCCAGAUACUAAGCAAAUUGAAGCAAAGGAGCUGGAAUUUUCCAAUCUGUUUGCAGUGCUGCAUUGUAUCCAUUCAUUCUUUGCUGCCAAAGUGGCAUGUUUGGACCCACUUUAUGUUGGCAGUCAAGCCACAGCAUCUGCUGCUGCUACUGCUGCUGUUGCUACAUCUUCUGGCACUAACAAACUGAAGUAUACAACUUGAUAUCUCCCAUUUCUGCACUUGCCACUUUCCAGGAAUAUAUAACACCAUGUACAAAUAUUCAGCAGACUAGUCCUUUGAAAACCAAGCGUGAGAUCCAUCUCAACUAAUUGGAAGUUUUCAGCAGUAUGUGGUCCUAAUUGGGCAAGGAGCUAAUACACAAUCCAAUAGGAAAUACCUGAAGUGGACAAAAAUAUUUCCAGUAUAAUAUGAUUGUGCUUUGAAUGACAUUGGAAACAAAAGGAACAAAUACAAAUGACCCAACACUGCACUUAAGUAUUUAGUACAAUUUUCAAGUCUCCAUUCUAGUAUACAGAGAACUGUCUUUUUCUUGUUUCACAAUGUUUUUCUAUGACAGCAUAGUGAGCUCUGGAUCGGAACUAAUGUCCUCUUGUUAGGCCAUAAGUGACAUCAUUGCAAGCAAAGGCGCAAUAAAGAAGCGAAGUGGAAAGAUGCUACUAUGUUAACUUGGCAAAGAAAGCACCUUAAGUACUGUUGCAAAUUCCUAUCUGUGCCCUUUUUUACAUCAGUCUUUAUUUUCCUUCUUUCCCAUUAUUGUAAUAGUAAUUAUAAAAGUAUAGCCAUAUAUUAGUAUAACAGUUUUUCUAAGGACAUAUAAGCAUAA